AUGCUCAACACGAGGUUAUGUUUGCGCUUGAUCGCAGCGCUAAAGGGGUCACAACAGUAACAAUUGUGAGUUCUCCCACCACACUUAUGAUAUCAAUGAUGUCUACGCAGUUGCGUGUGGCCGUCGUGCAGUUUGCUCCCAAGCUCGGUCAAGUGCAAGCCAACAUCGCCAAGGCUCGAGAAUUAUGCAAUAGGUUGAAACCCAGAUCCGUUGAUCUCCUGUGUUUUCCGGAGAUGGUUUUCUCCGGCUAUGUGUUUCCUGACACAGCUGCUAUCACACCAUAUCUUGAGCACCCGUAUACAGGGCCCACAUCCACCUUUUGCGCAGAGCUAGCACGCUCCCUUGAAUGUUUUGUGGCCGCUGGGUAUCCCGAGAAGCUCGAACCACGCGAACAUGCCCCUCCACUCGGAGGCGAUAACUUAUCGUUCCAUCAACCCCGCAUCGGUGCAAACAGUGCAGUCAUGUAUGGUCCUACAGGGGAGCGUGUUGGAGCAUAUCGCAAGACCAACCUCUAUAAACUUGAUCUUCCUUGGGCAGUUCCUGGAUCUGGGUUUACGACGAUGACGCUACCGCAUCCACUAGGUCCAACCACACUUGCGAUCUGCAAUGAUCUCAAUGUGCAGGAUCCGGCUGUGUGGGAGUCGCUAGAUGAUGGUCCAUAUGAACUUGCUCGAUACUGCAUAAGAUCGGGCACGCGGCUUCUGAUAGUUCUAAAUGCAUGGUUGCAUCCUGAUGAAAAUGGAGAAGAAUCAGAUGCUGAUUCUUCUGAUUACACAACUACGGAACAGAAUGAAGACACCGAUGAGAUGGAGCCGAGUUGGGAAGUAUUGAAAUACUGGGCGAUGCGCUUGAACCCAUUGUGGGCGACCAUUCAGAAGGCAACACAUGAAACCGAGAAGGAACCAGGCGAAUGUAAAAUCCCUGACGAGCUACUAGUGGUUGUUUGUAACCGAUUUGGAAACGAAGGUGGGAGCAGAUUUGCGGGAUCGUCUGUUCUCAUGUCCCUUCGCCGAGGAUCCGGCCGACCGCGACUCUUGCAUAUGAUGGGUCAAAGGGAAGAAGGCAUUGGUCUUUGGACUGCGAACAUGGCUCUACAGUAAUGACAUUCGAUAUCGCAUGUUGUCCGCAUGAUUUGGCCCCUCAUUUGGUCUAUUGCCUACAUCAUCGCCUCCCUUUACUCAUGGUUUCAAGCACAUGCCGGUAGCAAUCUUUUCGGCACUCGUAUCUCUUCAUAUCUUCGUCUGACUGACUUGUUGAUUUACCUACUAUUUUCCCGGAUCGUCCAACGCCUGGACCUUCAUCCCAACGAGCCCCACUCACCGCACGCAAGUCAACACUCAAAAACUCGUGUCCGGCCACGAGGAACACGAAGUCGAUACAAAGUUCCAUAUCUCAAGUCAUUCGGAGGAUGGUAUUUUUAAACGCUGUUCUCACCGGAAGAACCAGGAACAAAAAGAAUUUGGAAGCUCCGAGUCGGAGCGCGCAUAAGCACCAGCUAUCAAAUGGAAGACGCGCGCCUGCGCUU